AUGGUGUGGAGAUGCUGUGGCGGUGCGGUGGUGCCUCCCGGCGCGCUUUGCCUGGGCGCAGCGCUCAGCGGGGUCUUCAGCUUCGGCCUCUUGGCUGCAGCCAUCGCCACCGACUACUGGUAUUUGGUCCGCGUGGAUUUGGCGAGUGCCAACCGCAGCGCUUGGGACGCCGAACAGCUGAAUUCUCACUCCGGACUCUGGCGCCUCUGCGAAGGGCGGAAUGCCUGUAUGCCUCUGAUUGACCCAUUUGGCACAGAGAGUCGGCAAGUUCCUGCAUCACUCCAACACCUUAUCUCCAUGCAUCGCGCCUUUGUGGUCCUGCUGCCCCUCAGCCUCAUCUUGAUGGUUUGUGGCUGGACCUGCGGGGUCAUCGGUUCCUUGGUCCAGAGUUCCCGGCUUUUGCUCUUCAUAGGCUGCUAUUUUCUGCUGGGCGCACUGCUAACACUGUCGGGAACCAGCAUCUACAUCUGCUACUCCAGAGCAGCCUUCACCGAGACAGUGCGCAUGUUUGAUCAGCAGCGCUUUGAGCAUGUCCGCAUUACCUUUGGCUGGUCCCUGGCACUCGCCUAGCUGUCUUUUGGCACUGAGGGGUUGGCUGGCAUCCUGCUUCUCCUGGCUGCUCGGCAGCUCAGCCUGAAGCCAGAGACAUGU